GACCAGAAACCAUGGCGUCGAUGUGGCCUGUGAUAGCUGUGUUGUCCCUGACUGUGGUCAGCACCCAGAGUCGACCAUCUCUGCCUUCUGCAAGAGUACGAGGUAGCCCGAGUGAAGACACCUCCAUUCCAUCAGGAAGAGUCUACUCGUCAUUCAAACCCGGCAGAAGUUACUCUUUCAAGUAUGAUACACCAAGCAGCUCUCGUUUUGAGGAUGCUGAUUCUAAUUUGAAUGUUAAAGGAGGCUAUAGCUUCCGUGCUGAUGAUGGACGUACAAGAACCAUCAGUUACAUUGCAGGUGCUCAAACCGGUUUUGUAGCACAGGGUGAUGCCCUUCCAGUUGCUCCUGAAGCAGGAAGUGUAUCCUCACGUACCUCCGGGACACCCACUGUGUAUUCAAUUUCGGGAACACCAGAAGAAGCCAGACUAAGGAGCUCUGUUUCUCCUGGGGGAGCUUACUCCUUCAACUAUGAAACACCAAGUAGCUCUCGCAGAGAGGAAGCUGACCCCAAUUUGAACGUGAGAGGAAGUUACAGCUUCCGUUCAGAUGAUGGGCGCACAAGAUCAAUUACAUACAAAGCGGGUGCUAAAACUGGUUUUGUUGCAGAGGGUGAUGAUCUACCAGUCGCUCCUGAAGCUGAAAGUGUACCCCUAGUUCCCUCAGGGGCACCCACUGUAUAUUCAAUUUCGGGAACACCAGAGGAAGCCAGUCUGAGGAGCUCUGUUUCCCCUGGGGGAGCUUACUCCUUCAACUAUGAAACACCAAGUAGCUCUCGCAGAGAGGAAGCUGACCCCAAUUUGAACGUGAGAGGAAGUUACAGCUUCCGUUCAGAUGAUGGGCGCACAAGAUCAAUUACAUACAAAGCGGGUGCUAAAACUGGUUUUGUUGCAGAGGGUGAUGAUCUACCAGUCGCUCCUGAAGCAGAAAGUGUACCCCUAGUUCCCUCCGGGGCACCCACUGUAUAUUCAAUUUCGGGAACACCAGAGGAAGCCAGACUAAGGAGCUCUGUUUCUCCUGGGGGAGCUUACUCCUUCAGCUAUGAAACACCAAGUAGCUCUCGCAGAGAGGAAGCUGACCCCAAUUUGAACGUGAGAGGAAGUUACAGCUUCCGUUCAGAUGAUGGGCGCACAAGAUCAAUUACAUACAAAGCGGGUGCUAAAACUGGUUUUGUUGCAGAGGGUGAUGAUCUACCAGUCGCUCCUGAAGCAGAAAGUGUACCCCUAGUUCCCUCCGGGGCACCCACUGUAUAUUCAAUUUCGGGAACAACACCAGAGGAAGCCAGACUAAGGAGCUCUGUUUCUCCUGGGGGAGCUUACUCCUUCAACUAUGAAACACCAAGUAGCUCUCGCAGAGAGGAAGCUGACCCCAAUUUGAACGUGAGAGGAAGUUACAGCUUCCGUUCAGAUGAUGGGCGCACAAGAUCAAUUACAUACAAAGCGGGUGCUAAAACUGGUUUUGUUGCAGAGGGUGAUGAUCUACCAGUCGCUCCUGAAGCAGAAAGUGUACCCCUAGUUCCCUCCGGGGCACCCACUGUAUAUUCAAUUUCGGGAACACCACAGGAAGCCAGACUAAGGAGCUCUGUUUCUCCUGGGGGAGCUUACUCCUUCAACUAUGAAACACCAAGUAGCUCUCGCAGAGAGGAAGCUGACCCCAAUUUGAACGUGAGAGGAAGUUACAGCUUCCGUUCAGAUGAUGGGCGCACAAGAUCAAUUACAUACAAAGCGGGUGCUAAAACUGGUUUUGUUGCAGAGGGUGAUGAUCUUCCAGUCGCUCCUGAAGCAGAAAGUGUACCCCUAGUUCCCUCCGGGGCACCCACUGUAUAUUCAAUUUCGGGAACACCAGAGGAAGCCAGACUAAGGAGCUCUGUUUCUCCUGGGGGAGCUUACUCCUUCAACUAUGAAACACCAAGUAGCUCUCGCAGAGAGGAAGCUGACCCCAAUUUGAACGUGAGAGGAAGUUACAGCUUCCGUUCAGAUGAUGGGCGCACAAGAUCAAUUACAUACAAAGCGGGUGCUAAAACUGGUUUUGUUGCAGAGGGUGAUGAUCUACCAGUCGCUCCUGAAGCAGAAAGUGUACCCCUAGUUCCCUCCGGGGCACCCACUGUAUAUUCAAUUUCGGGAACACCACAGGAAGCCAGACUAAGGAGCUCUGUUUCUCCUGGGGGAGCUUACUCCUUCAACUAUGAAACACCAAGUAGCUCUCGCAGAGAGGAAGCUGACCCCAAUUUGAACGUGAGAGGAAGUUACAGCUUCCGUUCAGAUGAUGGGCGCACAAGAUCAAUUACAUACAAAGCGGGUGCUAAAACUGGUUUUGUUGCAGAGGGUGAUGAUCUACCAGUCGCUCCUGAAGCAGAAAGUGUACCCCUAGUUCCCUCCGGGGCACCCACUGUAUAUUCAAUUUCGGGAACACCACAGGAAGCCAGACUAAGGAGCUCUGUUUCUCCUGGGGGAGCUUACUCCUUCAACUAUGAAACACCAAGUAGCUCUCGCAGAGAGGAAGCUGACCCCAAUUUGAACGUGAGAGGAAGUUACAGCUUCCGUUCAGAUGAUGGGCGCACAAGAUCAAUUACAUACAAAGCGGGUGCUAAAACUGGUUUUGUUGCAGAGGGUGAUGAUCUACCAGUCGCUCCUGAAGCAAGAAGUGUUUCCUCACGUACCUCCGGGACACCCACUGUAUAUUCAAUUUCGGGAACACCACAGGAAGCCAGUCUGAGGAGCUCUGUUUCCCCUGGGGGAGCUUACUCCUUCAACUAUGAAACACCAAGUAGCUCUCGCAGAGAGGAAGCUGACCCCAAUUUGAACGUGAGAGGAAGUUACAGCUUCCGUUCAGAUGAUGGGCGCACAAGAUCAAUUACAUACAAAGCGGGUGCUAAAACUGGUUUUGUUGCAGAGGGUGAUGAUCUUCCAGUCGCUCCUGAAGCAGAAAGUGUACCCCUAGUUCCCUCCGGGGCACCCACUGUAUAUUCAAUUUCGGGAACACCAGAGGAAGCCAGACUAAGGAGCUCUGUUUCUCCUGGGGGAGCUUACUCCUUCAGCUAUGAAACACCAAGUAGCUCUCGCAGAGAGGAAGCUGACCCCAAUUUGAACGUGAGAGGAAGUUACAGCUUCCGUUCAGAUGAUGGGCGCACAAGAUCAAUCACAUACAAAGCGGGUGCUAAAACUGGUUUUGUUGCAGAGGGUGAUGAUCUACCAGUCGCUCCUGAAGCAGAAAGUGUACCCCUAGUUCCCUCCGGGGCACCCACUGUAUAUUCAAUUUCGGGAACACCACAGGAAGCCAGUCUGAGGAGCUCUGUUUCCCCUGGGGGAGCUUACUCCUUCAACUAUGAAACACCAAGUAGCUCUCGCAGAGAGGAAGCUGACCCCAAUUUGAACGUGAGAGGAAGUUACAGCUUCCGUUCAGAUGAUGGGCGCACAAGAUCAAUUACAUACAAAGCGGGUGCUAAAACUGGUUUUGUUGCAGAGGGUGAUGAUCUACCAGUCGCUCCUGAAGCAGAAAGUGUACCCCUAGUUCCCUCCGGGGCACCCACUGUAUAUUCAAUUUCGGGAACACCAGAGGAAGCCAGACUAAGGAGCUCUGUUUCUCCUGGGGGAGCUUACUCCUUCAGCUAUGAAACACCAAGUAGCUCUCGCAGAGAGGAAGCUGACCCCAAUUUGAACGUGAGAGGAAGUUACAGCUUCCGUUCAGAUGAUGGACGCACAAGAUCAAUCACAUACAAAGCGGGUGCUAAAACUGGUUUUGUUGCAAAUGUUGAGGAAACCACACUGUCUCUUGAAGUCCUUCCACAGGUCCUCGUCACUGCCACAGGUCCUCGUCACUGCCACAGGUCCUCGUCACUUCCACAGGUCCUCGUCACUUCCACAGGUCCUCGUCACUGCCACAGGUCCUCGUCACUUCCACAGGUCCUCGUCACUUCCACAGGUCCUCGUCACUUCCACAGGUCCUCGUCACUUCCACAGGUCCUCGUCACUUCCACAGGGCCUCGUUACUUCCACAGGUCGGUUCCAGUUCCACAGGUCCUCGGUUCCAGGUCCUCGUCGGUUCCUGGGUCCUUGUCGGUUCCACAGGUCCUCGUCGGUUCCACAGGUCCUCGUCGGUUCCACAGGUCCUCAUCGAUGUGUGUAGUGUUGUCCCUGGCGGUGGUUAGCACACUGAGUUUUCCACGUCCUGAUGCCGAGUACAACAUCCCGACUGUGGGUCUUGGAGCUCGCGCCCAAUAUUACGUCCUUCACUCCGAUGGCACAUUUAAAUAUGGGUACGACACUGGUGACGAAAUUUAUGAACAAGCUAUGGCACAAGUUCCUGGUGAAAUAACCGGAUCAUUUGGAUACAAGGACCCAACGGGAGCAAACAUCAAGCUCGAAUACACGGCGGACGACCGAGGUUUCCUUCCCAGAGGCAAUCAUCUUCCUGUUGCACCUGAAGCUGACUUCGGCUCUCGUCUUACCGCUGGAUCUGUUUCACCUACGGGUAGUGCUCCAAUUGCCUAUGCUGCACCAGCUUCUGCCCCAGCUGUUCCUGGUAAUGCAGCUCAGUUUAGUACGGCUCCUGCUCUUUACUGUAGAGGUAGGUCUCCAGAGGAUGGUAGCUCUCCUACGGGACUCAGCAGCUCUCGUGCUGAAUCUGCUGACGCCAAGAACUCUGUCAGAGGAGAAUACGCUUUUGUGGCUGAUGACGGUAUCAACCGACAGAUCAAGUACAGUGCCAGUGCUGAUACUGGAUACAUUGCUCAAGGAGACUCGCUACCAAGAGGACCGUCAGUUCCAGGUGCUGAAAGUGGCGUUCCUACCGGAAGGAUUCUUCCAGUUCUCUCUGAAGAGGAAGCUAAUAGACUUGCGUCUGCAACAUUCGCAGUUGACCCUGCCGUUGUUUCAUACAGUGCCUCUGGUCCUACUGCCGGUGCCUUAAGACCUACCACCCACACUGGUGUAUCUUCGUCUCCUUCUGAUGCUUCCUACUCCUUCAGCUAUGAUGCUGGAGACAGCAGUCGGUCUGAGAGUGCUGACCCUAAUCUCAAUGUACAGGGAACUUACAGCUUCGUGCCUCCAGAUAGCAACAAUCGGCUCACUGUGAACUAUGUGGCAGGGUCUGACACAGGCUUCCUUGCUGAAGGAGAUCAUCUUCCUGUUGCACCUGAAGCUGACUUCGGCUCUCGUCUUACCGCUGGAUCAGUUUCACCUACGGGUAGUGCUCCAAUUGCCUAUGCUGCACCAGCUUCUGCCCCAGCUGUUCCUGGUGAUGCAGCUCAGUUUAGUACGGCUCCUGCUCUUUCAGCACCUGUAGAGGUAGCUCAAGUUAGGAGUUCUGCUGCAGAGGAUGGUAGCUACAGUUUCUCCUACGGGACUGCCAGCAGCUCUCGUGCUGAAUCUGCUGACGCCAAGAACUCUGUCAGAGGAGAAUACGCUUUUGUGGCUGAUGACGGUAUCAACCGACAGAUCAAGUACAGUGCUAGUGCUGAUACUGGAUACAUUGCUCAAGGAGACUCGCUACCAAGAGGACCGUCAGUUCCAGGUGCUGAAAGUGGCGUUCCUACCGGAAGGAUUCUUCCAGUUCUCUCUGAAGAGGAAGCUAAUAGACUUGCGUCUGCAACAUUCGCAGUUGACCCUGCCGUUGUUUCAUACAGUGCCUCUGAACCUACUGCCGGUGCCUUAAGACCUACCACCCACACUGGUGUAUCUUCGUCUUCUUCUGAUGCUUCCUACUCCUUCAGCUAUGAUGCUGGAGACAGCAGCCGGUCUGAAAGUGCUGAUCCUAAUCUCAAUGUACAGGGAACUUACAGCUUCGUGCCUCCAGAUAGCAACAAUCGGCUCACUGUGAACUAUGUGGCAGGGUCUGACACAGGCUUCCUUGCUGAAGGAGAUCAUCUUCCUGUUGCACCUGAAGCUGAUUUCGGCUCACGUGGUAGCGUUUCAAGUCCAGCAGUUACAUAUUUUGUCCCCUCAAAUAAUGUCGGUGGGUCACCCGCGCACAGUGUGCCGUCUGUUGCUGCAGUCAAGUCUGCAGUAACCGAUGCUGAUAGUCAAUCCACCAGUGGCCAUACCAGUCAUAUUGUAGGUGAUGUACUUCUACACCAGUAUUCUGCCAACACUGGUGACAAGUACGGCUAUGUGUUCACUGCACUUCGUCGCUAAUGAGUAUUAGAUCAGCAAGAAUGAGGAUGUUGAAAUGUACAUUAAAUCCAAGGAAAAAUGUUCUGCUUGAUUAUAUCUAUUUGUUUUAGAACACUUGUAUCUGAGUUAUACUUUGUUAGUUUUUAUCCUCUAAAGUUUGUGUUAAUGAAAUCAAACGAAAUUUCAAAAUAGUAUCAAGCGCAUAUGGAGUUGUGUUAUGUGAAUAAAUAACUCCAGUGCUCUUUAGGUCGAACACUACUCAGUGUUUGGGUACAAUGACUCAUCUCAUCUCUUGCUCAUAAGGUCUAUAAAUGGUUGACGACACAUGAUUCCCCCAGGAUGCCUCAACACCUGUACAUAAGUGUCUAUAGAGUAAUUAACCCAGCAUCAAUCAAAAGCCAUAAAAAACAUCCAUGGCAACUAACAUAAAUACAUUGUCUCUGAUGUGAAAAAAAAAAGAUAUGUUCCUGAAAACAUAUUGGAUCAAUAAAAGUGGCAUACAG